CUACUACAUUUUGGACUCCUCCACCUGCACUGCAUUUCCUGAAAUAGCACAGAAGUUGACAAUGCUGUGCUGGUUUGGCUAGUGACAAAACUGUGCGCUUUUGGAUGACCUGCUUUCACCUCUUCACACUGCAGAAAAGGGAAGGACAUGAAUGCGUCUUUUCCAGAGCUCAGGGAAAACAUCUCCUGUUUGAGCUCCAACAGCACCGAUUACUUUAAACGCCAAGUGUAUCCUGCAGCAUACAUACUCUUUUUUGUCAUGGGACUUGUUGGUCACUCUUUAUCUGUCUGCGUCUUCUUCAGCCAAUGGAGGACCCAGAAGAGUUUCACUCCAGUCAGCUUGUUAAUGGUGAACCUGUUAGUAUCAGACCUCAUGCUGGUGUCCUCUCUGCCCCUGAGGGUCUCAUACUACAUACUGAACUCACACUGGAUGUUUGGUCACGUCACCUGUAAAUUAAUCUCAUACGUGUUUUAUCUGAAUAUGUACAGCUCUGUGUAUUUCCUAGUGGCCCUGAACAUCCUGCGUUAUCUGGCGCUGGUGCGGCCGUACCUGUACAUACGCAUACAGACGCACUACGUCGCAGGUAUCGUGUGUGCUCUCAUUUGGCUCUUUAUGGGUUUGGCAUGCAGUCCACUGUUGUUUACUAAGAAAAAACAUCAAGACGAAGGCAGUUUUCGAUGUUUGGAGCUGGCGGAGGACAACGUGGACCAAUUGCUCCUCAUCAACAACGUUGCAUUUCCGGUGGGCUUUGUGUUGCCUUUGGUGGUUGUUCUUUUCUGCUCGGUCUUGGUUGCGAAGAACCUUCUGAGGCCUAGUCCUGCACUCGGUAGGACCAGACCUUGCAGGAAGAAGGCUUGCGCUCUGGUCAUCAUCAGCCUUGGGAUCUUUCUGGUGUGCUUUUUUCCGUAUCACAUAGUGCGGACAAUCUUCUUAACAACUGAGAAGCAUGGCCAGAUAAAUGGGUACAAAGACUCGUGUGACUUUAUUUUGGUAGUCCGUAAGGCUGCCGUCAUAGCGCAUUGCUUGUGCACGGCUAACAGUUGUCUGGACCCUAUUCUCUUCUUCUUCGUUGGGGAAAAUUUCCGAUCAUUCUUUGCUAAAUGGACAGGAGGAAGAAAAACCAGCACUUGUGCUGCAGGGAGAAAUUUACAGCAGGAAGAGUUACGGGUUUUGCAGAACUGAAUGGAAAAUGGUUGAACAGAUCAGAUCAACAAAGAACAGACCAGAAGUACAAACAAAGAACACACAAGAAGUACCUCAUUCUUCUGUGUACUUCAUAAACAGAUGCACGAAAAGGUCACGUUUUACUGAUCUGUCUUUAGAGGUGUUUACACUGAUGGUGAUUAGAGGAAUAUUCUGGGUUCAUUACUAGUUAAACUCAACAAAAAUGUUAUUUCUGCAAAUUAAUUUUAACUGA